AUGACGUCGUCAAUGCGCGUCGCGCCGCGCGCGUCCACGCCCUCGCGCGCGGCGCGAACGCGCGCGCGCGCGACGACGACGACGACGACGACGCGACGCCCGCCGCGCCUGGUGCUGCUCGAUCGCGACGGCGUGAUCAACGUCGACGUCGGGGCGCCGGGCGUGACGGACGUGAAGGACUUUCGUUUGGUGCGAAACGCGGCGCGGGCGAUUCGCGCGCUGAACGACGCGAACGUUCGAACGUGCGUGUGCACGAAUCAGACGGCGAUCGGGAAGGGGUUGGUGGAGGCGUCGUACGUGACGGAGACGAUUCACGGGGCGAUGCGGGAGACGUUGGCGCGCGACGCGGGCGCGGAGUUGGGAACGAUUUAUUACGCGUGGAAGGCGCGAACGGAACCGUGCGGUCGAAGGAAGCCGGAACCUGGGAUGUUGCUUGAAGCGCUGGAGGAGUGCGGGGUGGAGGCGGCGGACGCGGUGUUCGUUGGGGACACGGUCACGGACAUGCAAGCGGCGGCGCGGGCGGGCGUAGGCCGCGCGCUAGUGUGUACCGGAUAUGGAGAAACCAUGGGUGAGGCACUUCGCGCGCGCAAUGUGUCGUUGCCACACACGAUCGUUAUGCGCGCGGACGACCCCACGAUGUCGUUCCCGGACGAGUGCUUCCCGUUCGAUGUGUACGAAGAUUUGUAUCACUUUGUUCGCUGCGCGUUUGCCGACGCGUAG